AUAUGGUUUAAAAACACAAAUACAUUGGAAUUUGGAUCUAGUUGGUCACACAUACAGACAUCCAUCCAUCUUUUGUUUGGUAAACUUAUACGCUUGCAUAUUAAAAUCAUACAUUGUAUUCACGCUGUUUCAGUUAGAAUUGGAUAUUGUAUGCACUCAAAUACACUAUUUUGCUAACUGAUACUAAUAAGGGCCUUCCUAUCCGAAGCAAAUGGGCCAAACCACUGGCCCAUAAAAGCAGUUCAUACCUUUGGGCCGUCCAUCUGAGAUGUAUAAACUGACCGGGGCGAUGAACUUGAAGCUGAUGAAUGCCCCAUAUAUAUAAUUCCCGCCGAACCGUGUAAUCCAUAACCAAAAGGCUUUUCACAAUGCUUCAUCGUAACAAAUUUCUCUCCAACAAAAUUACAAACCGAAUCAUGAGCCAUCAUUUUCUCCGACAAAAUUGUCGUACGAUGUCGACUCGCCGGUUCAACAACGUCAAAGAUGAAGAUGAACAGUAUCAUAACAAACUCCGUAGAAAAACUGAAAAUGAAGAAGCACAAAUUUAUUUGCUUAAGAGUAGAGGUCAGCAUCUUCUAAUGAAUCCUCGAGUCCUUAAUACCAUUGUCCAAAAAUCCAACAUACUUCCUACUGAUACCGUUCUAGAAAUUGGACCCGGCACUGGUAAUCUCACCCUGAAGCUUCUAGAAGUUGCCGAAAAAGUUAUAGCCAUUGAAAUUGACAAACGUAUGGUAGAGAUUCUUCACAAGCGCGUCGCUGAACGAGGACUUCAAGGCCGUUUAACUGUUAUAUGCCAAGAUGCUUUAAAAACUGAGUUUCCCCAGUUUGAUCUUAUGGUUGCCAAUAUCCCUUAUGGAAUUUCCUCACCUCUGGUUGCUAAAUUGGUUUAUGGGAAGAACUCAUACAGGAGUGGGACACUGCUGUUGCAGAAAGAAUUUGCAAGGAGGCUAUUGGCAAAUCCAGGGGAUUCAGAGUUUAAUAGAUUAGCAGUGAACGUGAAGCUGGUGGCCGACGUAGAGUUUGUCAUGAAUGUGAGCAAGAAGGACUUUUUGCCAUGUCCAAAGGUUGAUUCUUCUGUUGUGAAGAUACAUCCUAAAACUGAAAUUCCGGAGGUGGACUUUGACGAAUGGUGUGCAUUUACAAGAACUUGCUUCACCAAGAAAAAUAAAACAUUGGGUGCCAUCUUUAAGCAGAAAGGAAUGUUGAUGGAGUUAAUGAAACUGCAAGAAACCAAAGGAGAUGAAGAGAAUAACACAAUUUACAGUGAUUAUCAUGUUAAUGAUGCCGAAGAUGAAGAUGGGGCGAGGAAUGAAGGCAAUGGCAAUUUCUCUUCCACUGUGGGAAAGGACCUGAACUUGUUUAAAGAGAUAAUCAAUGACAUUUUAAGAUCUGGUGGAUUUGAAGAUAAGAGGCCUUCAAAGCUCUCUCAUGAGGAGCUUCUGGACUUGCUUUCUUUAUUCAAUCAAGCUAGGAUACAUUUUCAUGGUCAAGUAAAACCAAUGGAUGAAAGUGAAGCAGAACUUGCCUCUGCAUUUGAUCCAUUAUGAAGCCUUAAUGCAACUAUGCUUUUGUAACAUACAUGCUGUGUGGUUUCUUGCCUCAUUUUCAUAAAUGGCAAUUCAAUCAACUUCAUUGAUCUAGCCAUAGCAGCAGGUGAUCAAUCUUUUGGCAAGAAUUUUGCAGAAGAUGUAUCAUUUCACCCUCAGAACAGUUCAUACUUUGAAGGUGAUUGAUUGGUCUGCACCUCUUAGUCAUAUCAUGCUCACUGGAUUCUUGGCACAAACUUUAUGUUUCCUUGGAUUAAAUUCGAUUGGUGGAAUGUCAAAUGGGAUGAGAUGGCGUUGGUUAAUCUAUUUACCAUUAGUUCUAUUAAGCAGAUGGAUGGGCUCCAAUGGAAUCCAUAUUGAGUUUCCCAUUGGGGAAAUGAGUUUCGGAGUCGUGAGAUGGUUUGUUGAACUCAUUUCCAAAACCCUCCUGUCAGGCCUGAGAGUAUCCAGUUGUUUGCUAGCACCUUGUUGGCCACCUCUACCAGUGGAAAACUGGAGCUCUGGCUGGUGUUUGGUACACUUCACCCUGAGCCUGUCAUGAGAUUUUACCAUUCAGUAGUUUGCAGCUUAACCGACAGUCACCAGAAAGGGAAGGGCCAGCAACAAGCUUCGCAUAAAAAUAACCAGCUUGAAAACCCCAAGUCUCUCUCUACCUUCAUGUGUCCGUUAUCCUACUCAUGCUGGAAUAUUGGGUUGUGGCUGUAUUAUUUGUCAAAAGAAAAGUAAAAUAACCCUUGCAUUUUAACUCCCUGAAGUGAUAGCAGAAUAUCAAUCUCUUGUGAUGUCAACUGUUUCCUACGAUAAGUGAAGUAGCCACAGAGAUAAAAAUCAGUUUCUUGCGUGGAUUUGUUCAAAAGAAAAGGGAUAGUGCUAAAGUUGUAAGAAUUUUUUCAACUUCUUUUGCUAGCCACUAUUUUGUCAAUUGGCAGAGAGGUAAAUCUCUUGGGCUUUGCCUUCAGCUUAAAGAUACCAUAGCAUACAAACUAGUGGGCUAUUCAAGAAAUAUCACUUCCCUUUCUUCAACAAACUGGUUUCUACAUGUUAUCAUUCAAAUGUAUUGGGCUUCCAAUUUCUUUUUUUUUUGUUCCUUUUGAAGUUAAGUCACUGACAAAACACCUUUGCUACCCGUACAAAACUAUAGCCACUCCAACUUCUAUAAGAAUCAAGGAAGCUAAAGGGUUCCCCCUUGUGCCUUUUACGCAGUGCUAUUUGAAUACUUGAAGUAAAUGGUGAGUUGAAAAAGAUGAAAUUCGAG